UUCGCGUCUCUCAAUCCGUCCCUCCCUCUCACACGAGGUUUCGUAUUUCUGUUUCUGGCUUUCUCUUUCCUGAUCAUUCCUUUAUAUCUCUGCGUUUGUACACAUGGCACGUGAAGACUCUUACACCAUCCUCAUCCUCCCGCUGCAGAGCAGCCUGCACAGCCCUGAUGCCCUGCACAGCUUCUACUGGCUAAAGAGGCGCAGGGAUCUGGAAAGAGAGAAGGACGUCCUGUGGGCCGGACUGGAGGUUGUGGAGCAAACACAGCUGUGGUACCAGACUCGGCUGCAGCUCAAUUCACAGAGACACUUGAGCACAGAAAACGUGGACAGACAGGGUAGGUGGUCCUGUGCUUUGCGCUCAAGUCUGCAGCGUGUGAAUGGGAGUUUGGGCAGUCUGAUGACGGAUUCCUCUAUCUGGAUUAACCCUGAGGAGAAUGGAGGCUCAGACUGGGACAUUCGCUGGAGCAAUGCCAUGAUAUGAAACUACAGAAAUUGAAACUACAGAAUAUGAAAACUACAUAUGAAAUACAGAUAUGAGUAUGAAACUACAGAAAUUGAAACUACAGGAUAUGAAACUACAGAAAUUUACUGUGAAAUAACAGAUAUUUUAUUACAGAAAAUUUUUGUAAAAUAACGGACAUUAAUUUACAGAAACUAACCAUAAAGUAACAGAUAUUUAAUUACAGAAAUUUACGGUAAAAUAAAGAACAUUAAUUAACAGAAAUUCACCAUACAAUAACAGACAUUAAUUUACAGAGAUUUACCAUAAAAUAAUGGACAUUAAUUUACAGGAAUUUACCGUAAAAUA